GUAGAUCAGCCGCUGAGGCACGCACGUGCGGAGAAACGACGAUGGAGGUCCGAACAGCUGCGCUGCUGCACAGCGGCCGAGUCUUCUUGGAUUUAUUCUGGGACAUUGCUAAACCGGAUCAGGAGGUCCGGCUGAAGGCUGUGGAAGACCUGAUUCGGUACUUGAGAACCAGCAGCAAGGACGAUGAGAUGGACUACACCCUGAAGAGACUCGUGGAUGGACUGGCUCACACGAGGGAAGCUGCACGGCCUGGGUUCAGCCUGGCUCUGGGUCAGGUGCUUGGUGCUUUUGAGGACCUGUCUCUGCAGACCACACUGGACAGAAUCAAAGACAAACACAAUUUGCAGACGGUGAAGAAGAAGCGUGUCAGAAAUGCGAUGUUUGGAAACCUGUUUGGUGUCCUUGCUCUUCAUCAGUCCGGUCGCCUCUUCAAGGAGCCCCCUGUAGUUUUGGGAUGCGUCCAGUUGCUGCAGAGCCUGUCCCAGCACCGGCAGCACCUGAAGGACCUGCCCAGUAAGACCAUGAUGGACAUCCUCAGCGAGAUUCCAGAAGAGGUGUUUGAAGAGGUCCUUCUGGAGGCGCUGCAGACGGACCUGGCCUCAGCCUUUAGGACUCCUGAGCAGUUACACCUGCUGCUCGUCGCGCUGCAGCGCUUCCCACACACCCUGAAACCCAAGAAACUCAAGAAGCUGCUGGGCACCUCCACCAUCAUCAACAUGGACAACAUCCCCAAGUUGACGGAGGUGUUGAAAAUGGCAGCUCACUCUGUGAAGAAGGACUGCAUCCUGCCUCCAGUUGCCAUGGAUCUUCUCAAACUGUCUCUGAAGGAGGACAGUUUCCAGCUCUUCUGGAACAAGGCCAUCACUGAGGGCAUGCUGAAGGAGGCGCCAGGUCCAACGCGGUACCUGGGGAUGCGUCUGCUGGGCGCGGCUCUGCCCCUGCUGUCCCUGGACCAGCUGAAGCAGGUUCUGACCGGAGAUGUGAUGAGGCUUUAUGGGGAGCAUGUGGUGUCCGCUCAGAAAGCUGAGCGUUUCCGACUGGCCCCAGAAAUGGACACCUAUGUGUCAGACUUCCUGCAGAGUUGCCCGGACCCGGACAAACAGCUGGCAGUAAUGGUGGGCUUCUCGUCACUGACCAACCAGGGCUACCCUGUGGUGUCCCCGGCUUGGAAGGUGGUGCAGUACACUCAGCUCAGAGCUCUGCAGCUCUACGUAGAGUGGCUGAAGAUCAUGUUCCUGCAGCCUCGACUGGACCAGCUCCUGGACUUCAGCACUCGCAGGCAGAAAGACCACCAGGAAGCAUGUGAAGGUGAACAGAAGGCUGUGUUCCGACUCAGGAAGUGGAUCAUUGAUCGGCUCUGCUCCAUCAUUGAUAACCACCAGGUGAAGAAGGACCAGGAUCUUGUCAUGGGUGUGUCCAGGUUUGUGUUGUUCCACACCUUCUUUACUGCAAAGAAGAAGUUGACAGAUGUCCCGGAGACUGAGGGCCAGUUGUCUGUCCCACUUGGUGAUGACACCAGAGGCGUUCUUGCCAGCUCUUUCUUUGGACUCCUGCUGUCCCUGGACCACCUGCCACUUACCGAGGAUGCAGCUGCUGCUGCUGUCCAUCCAAAGAGGAUGCUGGGUGCUACGGGUGAUGGCACCAUGUGGCUCUACCACCUGGCCCAGUACGCAGACGUCCUGCUGAACCAGCCGAAAUCCUGCCACAGCUGCCAACCCUUCACCUGUGAGCAGACACACGCCUGGACCAGCAUGCUGCAGUCAGUGAGGAGUCUGCAGGCGGUAAAGAAGGCUGCAGGAAGUCGAGCUUUUCAGCAGCUCUUUCUGCUCCUUGGUCUGCAUCUCUUCAAGGCCCCUGAAGAGCUGCUGGAUACCAUGAAGGACCUGCACAGAUGUUUAGACAAAGCCCAAGAGAAGAAGUCUGAGAAGAAACAAGCAGAGGUGGGGCAGGAGGAGGAGCCUGAGUGGGUGGAGGUGAUGGUGGACACCCUGUUGUCUCUGCUGUCUCUGCCCAGCCGACACAUCAGACUGGUCUGUAAGACGGUUUUCUCCUCCAUCUGUCCUGACAUCACUGAGGCCGCGCUGGGCGCCAUCAUGGAUGUUCUGGACCCAGAGAAGGACGAGGAGGAGAGUGCUGUGGUGGUCACUGAUGAUGGUGUGGCUCACAGGAACCAGUCAGACAGUGAAGGUGACCCAGAUGAUGAGAUGGAGGAUGAUGACAAAUCUGAGGACGACUCUGACGGGGAUGAUGAGGCGUUGGAGGAGGUGGAUCAGAGCUUCCGUUUGGACCUGAUGAAGGUUCUGCAGCAGAAGAACACUCUGGCCACAAGCGGAGAUAGCAGCAGUGAUGAUGAGCUGGACGAUGAAGCCAUGAUGGAGUUGGACAAAAGUCUGGCAAUGCUAUUCUCUGAGCAGAAGAAGAAGAACCAGGACAAAAAAGACAAAAAGUCCAAAUUGCACAAAAAGAAAAUGUUGGUCCGAAAUUUCAAGAUGAAGGUGUUAGACCUGGUUGAGGUCUUUGUGGCACGGCAAGCGGGCAGUCCUCUUGUGUUGAGUUUGGUGGAGCCUCUCCUCACCAUCAUCGACAGAGGAAUGAGUUCUGAUAAUGACCAGCUGGAGCAAGACUUCCUUCGCCGAGUUGCAGAUAUCUUGAGCAACAAGCUGUACCGGUCCAAGGUUUACUGUAGGACUAUUGGCGACCGACAGGGGGCGCUCCAUGACCUGGUGGAGAAGCUGAUGGCCAAAGGUCGUCAGCUGUCAGACUCAUCAGUGUGCCUCUACUACUUCAGUGGAUGUCUGUACUUGAUGAAAGUGCUGCGGGGAGCGCCAGCUGCUGAUAACAAGGACCAGCAGACAACGGACAGGGUAUUGCAGUUCAUGGGGAACAUGGAUGAAGAACGCGUGUCUGCUGUCUUCAGAGAGGCUCUGAAGUCUUUCCUGAGCCGUAGGAGAAGCCCACUGACGACCCAGAUGUUCACGGAUCUGUUCAGCAGGUUCCCUGUUGUGUGUGUGAAGGUGCUAGACAUGGCGGUGGAACAUGUCACAUCUGGAGUUAGACCGCACCAACAGAGCCAGGCGUGUGUGCUGGUUCUGCGGGCUAUGCAGAUGAGGCAGAUUCAGGUGUUGGUGGCUGGUGCUGAGUGGGCGGAGCUCUGUGUGAAGGUCAUAGGUCAGCUGGCUGCAACUCUGAAGCAGGUUGGUGGCAGUAAGGUGGAAAAGGAGAAGCUGUUGAAGAACCUCCAGCUGUGUCAGUUUCUGCUCAAGAAUGUCCAGCAGCAAAAGCUGACAGUGGAGCUGGAGCCCCUUCAGGUGGCGCUGCAGGCCCUUCCAGCUCUGAUCACCUUCAAGAAGAGCAGCCAGCUGGAAGACCUGUACUGGAAUGUGAUGAAACACUUUGGAAUCAUGAAACCCAAAGCUGAAAAGACUUCAUCAAACCAGGAAGUCCAACAAGAGGAGGUGAAGAAGAAGAAGAAAGGCUUUCUUCCAGAAAGCAAAAAACGAAAGAGACGUCAGAAGACACCAGAAGACACACAGAUGUCCACUGAUCAAAGACAAAGCAAAAAACAAAAGUCUGCAAACAAAAGAAAGCACCACGUAACAGGUGGAGCCACAGCGCCACAGCCUGGUCUGGCCAAGAAACGCAAGAUGCAGCCAAAAACAAAGCCCAUGAAAAAGAAGCAGCAGCAGCACAAAGUCUGAAGUGGACACUGUGUGACUGUUUUCCUUCAAACAUUCUGACAUGUUGGUUUUAUUUUUCUGAACUCUGAGUGAAUAAAUGUCAUGUUGAUCAUUCAUCA